CAAUGAUGUCGUGAAGAUUGACCCUACAGCAAGUCGCAAUAGUUAUCAAUCAUUGAAGUGCGCUGUCUAUGCAAUAUUAAGUUACUUGACAGACAAGCUUGCCACCGUCAGCAUAGUGUUAUACUGAGCGUACCAAGAUUCUUCGUAACUGUUUGCCUUAAUCAAACGCGUAUUCUGACUCUUUACUCACAAAUACAUUGGACCUGAAGGGUUUAAGUUUGUAGAAUGACGGGAAUUCAACUAUUCCUGUUUUCAUUUAUCAUAUACUCUACGCUAGCUCAGCAUAACAGUGACGAAGGUUCUGGUCAACGUAUUUCUAUUACACCACCAGCUCCUACAACAAUUCCUCCAAUUGGUCCGAAACCAACAGAACAGGGAGGAGCAUGUCAAUAUGGAAAUUGUAAGCCCAAAGGUGAUUGUGAUUGUCUGAAAGGUCAAAAAGGGUCAAGGGGUCAUAUUGGUCCCGUUGGUGAACAAGGACGACUUGGUCCUAAGGGACCACUUGGUAAGCAAGGAUUACCAGGACAUAAAGGAAUCAAAGGUGAUGAUGGCAAUCCUGGUCCAAGGGGUCCACCUGGUGACCAGGGUAUGAUGGGUGUGGUUGGUUUCCAUGGAUACGAUGGUUUACCAGGUGUUAAUGGGAUUCAGGGUCGAAAAGGUUUUCCUGGAAUCCCUGGCUGUAAAGGUGAAGAAGGAGAAUCAAGCUCAUUAAAAGGUGAUUCUGGUUUCAAUGGACCUCAAGGUUUUUCUGGUGAAAAGGGAGUCAAAGGUGUUAAGGGCCAACCAGUUGAGGGAACUCCACCAGAAUUCAAGGGUUUUAAGGGUGAAACAGGUUCUGAUGGUUUACCAGGAAUAGAGGGGGCUGAAGGAAAUGCUGGACCAAAAGGAGAUAGGGGAGACAAAGGCAUUAAAGGUGAAACGGGUUUUGAAGGAGAACAAGGUGAAAAAGGAGAAAGAGGAGAUCAACAGACGGACAAUGGAAAUAAUGUCGGUGACAAGGGUAUAAAGGGUGAUGAUGGAGCCAAAGGACAACCUGGAACACCAAUCACCAUUAGCGCGGAUGAGGCAGGAGUGCGCAUAGUGUUUCGCGGCGCAGAGGGUGAUCAAGGUGAUAAAGGUGAACCAGGUCCAAGUCAACAAGGAGAAAAGGGUGAGCAAGGAUCUAAAGGAGACACAGGAGAACCUGGUGAUUCUGGAGCCCCCGGUUUACCUGGAGAUGAAGGAAAGAAAGGAAGUAGAGGGGAAAGCGGAGAUCAGGGCUUAAAUGGUGAUGAUGGAGAAAAAGGUGUUGUUGGACCUCAGGGACCACCGGGUCCCCCUGGACAAAUUGGCGCCCAGGGAAAAAGAGGAGAUGAGGGACCAGAAUCUUCUAUUAAUUUUCCUGGCAUAAAAGGAACAACUGGUGAAAAGGGGGAAAUAGGAUUGCCCGGUUUUCCUGGAGAUGCGGGUGAUGAUGGAGAAAAAGGAGAAACUGGGCCACCUGGAAAACCAAUGAGGGGAUUAAAAGGAACAACUGGAGAUAUUGGCCCUCCUGGAGAAACUGGAAAAACUGGAGAUCCAGGCCUUCCUGGUAUGGUUGGUUCAAAAGGUGAUAAAGGUAGUGAUGGUUUCCCGGGACAAAAAGGAGAAAUGGGUGACAAUGGGGAGCGUAUUCCUGGACCUAGUGGCAUGGAUGGUAAACGUGGGCUUAAGGGCUUCAAGGGACCCGUUGGUGAUCCUGGUGAAGCUGGUGUACAAGGUGCUCCUGGUAAUGCCCAAAACAUUAACUGUAGCGAUCCAAAUUAUGAUUGUCCUAAAGGAGUUGAAGGGCCUAGUGGAUCUCGAGGUAUAUCGGGUGAUGCUGGUCCAAGGGGAGCGCAAGGUUUCCGUGGACCUAAAGGAUUUGAUGGAGGCAUAUGCCCAAACUGUCCACCAGGUUUCAAGGGUUUUAAGGGUGAUAAUGGAGCUGUGGGACCAACAGGAUACAGUGGAGAAGUUGGUGGAUCCGGAAGCAAAGGGGAUAAGGGAGCUGUUGGCCUUGCUGGAAUGCCUGGACCUCAAGGAAAAGCUGGCGAGAAGGGUUACGAAGGGUAUACUGGUGUAGCAGGAGUAAAAGGUGAUAAAGGAGAACCAGGAAACCCGGACAUAUCUGCUUUGAAAGGAGAAACUGGGAUAAAUGGUGAUGAUGGACCUCAAGGACCGCAAGGUUUUAAAGGACUUAAAGGACGAGAAGGUGUAAAAGGGGUAUCUGGAAUCGAGGGUACUCGAGGGGAUAUUGGAGAUCGGGGUGAAAAUGGUAUACCAGGAAGACCUGGAGAAAAGGGUGAAGUCGGGGACGUUGGUGCUAAAGGUAUUAAAGGUGUUGCAUCAGAAAAUGGUAAUCCUGGUCCAAAGGGAAUAAAAGGUGCUCCUGGACAACCAGGACCUCCAGGAGCUGAUGUCGGCAACGCCGUGUUGUUGAAAGGCUCACCAGGGCCGAAGGGAAUCACGGGACCGAAAGGAGUUAAAGGAAAUAGGGGAAGAGAUGGAGCGAAAGGUUUAAAAGGUAUGGUGGGUCAAACAGGUGAACCAGGAGCGAAAGGAGUAAAAGGGAUGCUAGUGACUGGCGAAAGAGGCGAUAAUGGGACUGUUGGUGAUAAAGGAGAACCUGGAGUACGUGGAAUAAAUAGAUCUGGUGUAAAAGGAGAUGUCGGUGUUGACGGAAAGAAUGGUAGUCAAGGUGAAAAAGGUGUGAGGGGCGAGCCUGGUCUCACUGAUGGUGACCCUACUUCAUGUAGUGGUGUUGUCGAUGUUGCAUUCAUCGUCGACUCCUCUGAUAGUGUGGAAGAAAACUUCAAUACUUUAAAACAAUUUGUGGUAGAGUUUAUUGCUGGUCUUGAUGUUGGUGUGGACAAAGCUCAUGUUGCUUAUAUAACUUUCUCCAACAGAGCAUUUUUACAAUUCCGUCUUAACACAAGUUACAAUGCUGGAUUUUUAACUCUUUUUGUUCAAAGACCCGUGCAUGAAGGUGGUCAAACUUACAUUAAUGAAGCGCUGAAAUUAGCAAACACUGAUGUCUUUAAUGUCAAUAAAGGAUGGAGACAAAAUGUCAGAUCCUAUAUCAUUAUUCUCUCUGAUGUUAACCAAACUAAUGUAAAAGACAAUCCUCUAAAUGAAGCAGCGAGACCUCUAAAGGAAAAGGGAAUCACAAUUAUAACAGUCGGCAUUGGAAGUGUUGAUGCAAAGCAAAUGGAAGUGUUAUCACCAGAUCCACGUGAUCGAUUUAUCGCAAAAACUUUUAGUGAUCUAAAACCCUUGGUUCAAGUCAUGUUUUCUAAUGCAACUUUGUGCAAAAUGGGACCAAAGGGUGAAGUCGGGGACCCAGGAAACAGACCGUUUGGAAUCCCUGGCCCAAAGGGUUCUCGUGGAGCUCGCGGAAGAAAUGCUUGUGGUGGUGUUGUAGAUAUUGCAUUUAUUGUCGACUCUUCUGGCAGUGUACGUGACCAUUUUGAUACUCUACAAAACUUUGUGGUAAAAUUCAUUGAUGGUUUUGAUGUUGGCGAUGACAAGACGCACGUCGCAUUCAUGACAUUUUCAAAUGAACCCACGAUACAGUUUGAUCUAAACGAUGAAUACAAUGCUAUGCUAUUAAAAGUGUUAGUGAGAAGAGCACAGCAUGAUGGAGGUGAAACAUACAUUGAUAAGGCUCUGGAGUCGGCAAAUACCGAAAUAUUUAGUGUUGAAAAGGGAUGGAGAGAAAAUGUUAUAUCGUUCAUCAUUGUUCUCACUGAUGGUAACCAAACUACUAGUGGCAAAUACACUCCUCUAAGUGAGUCAUCACGACCUCUAAAGGAAAAAGGAAUCAGAAUUGUAACCGUUGGUGUUGGAAAUAUUGAUGCAAAUCAAAUGGCAGUGUUAUCACCCAAUAAGCAAAAUCGCUUUAAUCCGAAGUCUUUCGAUGAUCUACUGCCUUUGGUCGAAAUCAUGUUUUCGAAUGCAAGUUUGUGCACAGGCAGAGAUGGUGCAAGGGGCCCACCUGGUGCUGGUGGUCAACCGGGUAGAAAUGGUACAGUUGGAGAACCAGGUGAUCCUGGUGAUCCAGGUGAAAUUGGAUCUCCGGGUUUUAAUGCUUUUAAAGGUGAACGUGGUGAAAAAGGAAAGAAAGGUGAAACGGGUGAUGAAGGACUUGUGGGACCUAAAGGACAAUCAUUGUCAGACAGACUGAAAGGAGUUAAAGGUGAAGUUGGUGAUUCUCCCGUUGGCCCACCAGGUGAACCAGGCUUAAAGGGUGCAAAGGGUCUUCCUGGUGAAUUUGGUAUAACUGGAGCUCCGGGAGGUGCGGGAAAUGAUGGAGAACCAGGUCCAACUGGUUCUGUUGGCCCCGAGGGCUUUAAAGGAGUCAAAGGCAUGGUUGGACCAGAUGGUGAGCCUGGCCCAAAUGGAAUUGCUGGAAGUAUAGGUGAAAAAGGUGAUCCUGGGCUUACUGGAGAAAUUGGAUCUCCGGGUCUUGACGGUCCUCCAGGUCCCAAAGGUGAACGUGGUAUUAGAGGUGUUGGUAUUCCUGGUAUGUUUGGCGAUGAGGGUUUUAGAGGUGAAACAGGUGACCAAGGUGAAAAAGGACAACCUGGACAGAAAGGCAUCAAAGGAUCUAGGGGACUAACUGGUGCUACUGGGAACAAGGGUUUUCAAGGUGGAAAGGGAGAGAAAGGAAUGGUUGGAGAUAAAGCGCGACCAACAGGAUUGUCUAAUGACGGGAUUAAGGGAGAAAAGGGAAACGAUGGAUUCCCUGGUAUAAAAGGAAUUAAAGGUGAACCGGGAGCAGAUAUUGUUGGCGAACAAGGAGAUAAGGGUGAUAGAGGAGAGAAAGGUUAUCAAGGUGCAGAUGGUGAAACUGGUUCUCCCGGAUCAGAUGGUACUGUUGGAGAUGUGGGUGAACGUGGACCAGUUGGACCACCUGGUGAAAAAGGUAGAAUUGGAAUGACAGGACAGCCUGGCUCGCGUGGAACGGUUCCAGGAAUUUCUGGUGAACCCGGUGAAAUUGGGGAUCAGGGUGAGAAGGGAAAUACUGGUGACAGGGGAAUUCCCGGCGACCUAGGAUCUGAAGGUGCUCCUGGUGAGCCUGGUCCGCCAGGGAUUUUUGUUGGCGGAAAAGGUGAGCCUGGUUAUCCAGGGCCUCCUGGCAAAAAGGGAGAACCAGGCAUCAAAGGUUUACCUGGGAUACCUGGUGAUGUUGGCCCACGAGGUGAUGAUGGCUUAGUGGGUGAAGAUGGCGAAGAUGGUCUGCGUGGAAGCUUUGGAGAGAAGGGUACCUCUGGUGAUCGUGGAAAUCAAGGAUCCAAAGGAGUUAAAGGUAGAGGUGGUGUUGAUGGGAUUAAAGGUGUUCGUGGUGAUGUUGGAGAAAUUGGAGAAAAUGUUGUGAUCGUUGGGCCUUCAGGGCAAAAGGGGAUAAUUGGUGAACGAGGUGCUAAAGGCGAGAGGGGCACGGAAGGUUUUCCAGGCGAAAAAGGUUUGCCUGGAGACCGGGGUGGAAAAGGAAAAAAAGGUGCCGAUGGACAAGAGGGACCACCUGGCCCCCAAGGUUUACGUGGUCCUGAUGGCGAAAAAGGACAAAAAGGACAGAAGGGAAGAGAAGGAUUUCGUGGAAUUGAAGGUGAACCUGGAGACCCUGGUCCUCCAGCUAGCGCUUCAGGAUUUUACGUUACCCGACACAGCCAAAGUCAGACGCCACCACCAUGUCCAAUUGGCUAUCAAAAGAUGUGGGACGGUUAUAGUUUAUUGUAUGUACAAGGUAAUGAUAAAUCUCACGGUCAAGAUCUUGGUCAGUCUGGUUCAUGUCUGCGACAAUUUUCUACAAUGCCUUAUUUGUUUUGUAAUAUCUACAAACGAUGUAACCUUGCUUCAAGAAACGACUACAGUUAUUGGUUGUCGGCAUCUAGCCGUAUUCCUAUGAUGCCAGUUGAUAACGACGCUGUCGAACCGCACAUCAGCCGUUGCUCUGUGUGUGAAACACCCGGACCUGUCAUUGCAGUUCAUAGCCAAGAUCAAAGCCUACCUUCAUGUCCUACUGGAUGGCAAGGACUAUGGGAUGGCUACAGUUUUAUUAUGCAUACUGGUGCUGGAGGCAGUGGCAGUGGUCAAAGUCUGUCGUCGCCAGGCUCCUGUUUAGAAACGUUCCGACCGAAUCCAUUUAUUGAGUGCCACGGACGUGGAACAUGUCACUAUUUUGCAAACAAAUACAGUUUCUGGAUGGCUACAGUAAAGCCUGAAGAUAUGUUCAAGUCACAGACUUCGGAAGUGUUAGCCCAAGAUAAGGGACAUGAUUUACGAUCUCGUGUGAGCCGAUGUCGUGUUUGUGUUCGACCACCAUCAAAUAAUAACCGUGCACAACCCCACCCUGCCUUCUGGCAUCACGUCUCAGAUCCUAAAACACAGACUCAUGGUGCUGCUAAUGCACAGCCGCUAUUGCGACAUGCUGGAUUUCAAUAAUCGCCUUUUUACAAUGGCAAUAGCAAGUAAUGAACGCUGACAAUUUUUUAUUUUCAGUUAACAAUCUUACUGUCACAAAUCUUCCUCAAAUAACCUUUAAAUAUGUAUUUCUUCAAAAUGUCGUUAAAAUGAACUGUUAAGCUGUAGUUAGUGUUCUUUCUUUACAAGCUAGGUUUCGGAAACUAUUUCAAUGUCAGUUCUAUUGUUGGCUAUUCCGUUCUGUCGCUGUUUUAGCUCACUUUUUAGACCUUUGCAUUGAUAUAAAAAUUGAGAUUAUAUCGAAAUAUGUCGAGAUAUAGCGACAUUUGUUUAUAUUGAAUUUAGAGAAUAUUACCUAUAAUUUUAAUUGAUUAAAAUUAAUGCAAUAUGUAAAUGUAUCUUAUUCUUAUAAUUAGGUGUGUGAUUUGAUGAUGUGUAGUUCCAAGUGAAUGUUAAAAAUUUCAUUGGUGUAGUUAAAUCUAAUGAACAUAAUAUUUUUACUUUAUUGUGGUAACAAAUUGACACUUAUAGUGAUAAGCAAAUAAAUAUAAAAUUAUGUUAUAUUAUAAAUCUUACUAUUUGCAUUUAUCA